UUUUUACACACGAUGGAAACCGCAAUUAUGUUGAAUCUACAUAGAUGCCUUUACAAACAUUUUUUUUUGCAAUUCGAUUUAAAAAUUUUUUAUAUUUUCCGUAAAAAAAGGGCAGUUUUUGAAAAACUUUUUGACGAACAAACGAGAGUGUUAUUCAAAUGAUUUUUUGAGAAAAUAAAAAAUCUGAUCAGCUGUUUGAGGGUGUGCGCGAGAUUCGUACGUGCGUCGUGGCAGUCGGUUUGGCGUUUUUGAGUGUCACAUAAAUGUAUUUAUAUGUAUAUUUAUCAAUAUAUAGGUGCGCGAAUGUUAUCACCCUAUUGAUUGCCGCAUUUUCCUCCGGACAAUAAAAAAAAUAGUGAAAUUUCAAAAAUGGACUCGUACAUGGAAUUGCAUGUGAUGCCAAAUAAAAGUGAGGCUGAAUUAACGCCUGAGGAACGAUGGAGGGUGGAACAUAUAAAAAUGCAUCGAAAGCAUCAGGGCCACGAAUCAAUGCACGCUGAAAUGGUCAUUGUUACAUUAGUCACUUUGUUGGUAGCUCAAUUUAUAUUAGUCCAAUGGAAACAAAGGCAUUCUCAAUCUUAUCAGCUCGUCACUUUGAUCGCCAUGUGGCUCAUACCGUUUGGUGUGAGUGUGAGGAAUUACUGGUGGCGGUUUGUGUUCAUUUGGCUUGUAUUUUCCUGUAUUACGGGGCUCGUUGUCAGGAAAGCUAGACAAAAGCCAAUUUUGGGAACAACACCUAGAUUGGUUUACAAAUGGUUCUAUUUUCUAUACAAAUUGAGUUACAUUCUCGGUAUAUGUAGCUAUCUCGUUGGACUAGCAACGUUUUUUGGACUUAACUUAGUAUUCGAUGUUAAGCCAGCAGUCUGGAUGGAUUGCGCCCUUUUAUUCCUGUGUUAUGGUAUUUAUUUUGGUGUAUUGGGCAGAGACAUGGCUGAGAUAUGCGCCGACACCAUGGCUUCGCACAUUGGAUACUAUGCACCGGGAAAAAUGCCAACGAGAACAUUGGAGCCAAAUGUGUGUGCAGUAUGUGGUAACAGACUGUUGGUCUCGGAACAUGAAGAAGGAGUACUCGAGAACACAUACAAAUUGAGUUGUGAACAUGUUUUCCAUGAAUUUUGCAUUCGAGGUUGGUGUAUCGUUGGUAAAAAACAAACAUGUCCGUACUGCAAGGAAAAAGUCGAUCUCAGGAAGAUGUUCACAAAUCCUUGGGAACGACCUCAUGUAAUGUACGGUCAAUUGCUCGAUUGGAUAAGGUGGCUCGUAGCUUGGCAACCGCUUAUUACUCUGCUUGUUCAAGGCAUCAAUUGGCUGUUGGGCCUUGAGUAAGCUGCUCAAAGAAGCGAGAAAGUUAUUAGAAAAAUUUGCAGAGCUAUGCCACCAAAAAACUAUGCCACAACAAAAGAAGAUUGAUGAGGAACGACAGAAAAAGGAAAACUUGAAAAUUACGAAUCAACUGAUUUGUAACGGCCCCUGAAUGUUUGUAUUUUUGUAUAUUGCUAUACACUAAUUGACAUGAAUUAUGGGGUGAAUUGAGAGAUUGGUCGAAGUCAUAGGAUUGCUUAUCUGUUCCCAGACCUGUAAAUAUUUGGUUUCUUCUUGAUACUUUGACGAAUUAUCACAAAAAGUUCACACACAGAGAAUAACUUUCGACAUUAUUCUGUUCUUGUGCGUUUUGCUUUUUAUGAACUCGCACUACAUUUUUUCCGCCCAAAGCUCGAAGGAACAUUGAUUUCCUUCUUACAGCAUUCCUUAAGGUCCGUCUUUGUUUUUUUUCGACUAGUCAAAAAUCGCGUGAGCUUGGAUUACUGAGGAUAUUUCUUUUUUUUUUUUUCGAUAUCGAGUAAAAGUGUGUGUGUAUGUGUGUGUUUGCGUGUGUGCGCGUCGCGUGCUUGCAUAAGUAUUUUUCAAACCGUAUUGUUCCAUCUCUUUAUGCAAGAAUAUCUAGAAAAUGUCCAUCCUCAGCCUUUAAAACGGAUAGAUCGUGUAAUUUUUGAAAGAAAAAUCCUGAUCGUCUACAGAUUUAAAUUGGUGAUAAAACUGAUCAACGAUUCGUUGUAAGAAAAAAACGCUUGAGAACUUUCUUUUCGGUAAUUUUACUCUUUAUUUGACGCUAUAAGUUUCGGCGAGAAAUUAGGUAAAUUACGUGUUUCAUUAAGCAUUCAUUUAUAUUUUUAUUCACUAUACGUUGAGUAUUCUUGUACGUUAAGUUCGGUAGUUACGGUCACAUCUUAUCAGAGUUUGGUGAAAUUAUUAAUGAUAUGACUCGACUGGAAGUAUUUAAUUACCGAAAAUCAUAUAAAUCCACAUUACUUUUUUUGUUUCGUUGAAUAUUGCACUGAAUUUAUGGGUUUUUUCCUCAUUGCUCUUAUUCACAACACUUUCGCAUAGUUUAUGAACUAUCAUGGGAGGGAACGAAAGAACAUGGUACUCGUAUUUGUAAAUAGAUGAUAAUAAAGUUAUCCAUUUAUGAAAUAAAAUAAUAUGAACGAAUGAAAAUUUAUAAACAUGAUUUUACCAAUCUAAAUUGCUGACAGAAAAUAAAAGUCUUCACAUUUGA